CAGCAUCGCACAGCAGCCAUGACAGCGGUGGCCGUAAAACCAGCACGAGUGCUUCCCGUACUCGCUUUGUUGGCUCUCGGCGCGGGCCGCGCGUUAGCCUUCUUGGGCGCCGCUUGUCCAAACUCCGCACUCCGGCGGCGUGAUGGUGGUGCUAUCACACCCCUUGUCCGCCCGUCAAAUGUACCCAACUGUCAAUCCGCCGGUGGGGUUGCCGAUGCGCUGCCAUCGCAGCGGCCACCCUCAACUACAGAACGAGAAGAGGAUAUGUUGCCAGCUCAAUCCAAGGGAUCCGCCACCGUUGCCUGGGUCCAGCUAAUGCUGGACUCGUUUGAAGACACUUUCGGCCGCGGUAUCAUCGACGGCCUCGAUCGGGAGAGGUUGAGUCCAGAGGAGCAAGAGCGAGAGAUCGACAGAUCGGAUGUCCCCAUCGUUUCGCAUGACUUCCUGCGGAAUGCGGAGGAUCCGAUAUUUAUCUACGGGAACGCCGCGAGUUUGAGGACGUUCGGCUACACCUGGGAAGAGUUUACUACCCUGCCGUCGCGAAAGUCUUGCGAGGAGAACCUGCGGGGAGAACGAGAGGAGUUGCUCACAAUCGUGCGUGAGGUCGACGAGAACGUUCCCCCCCCGCAAAACUACGCAGGGGUAAGCUGUGCGGGUAACCAAAACCGGAGAAUCGUUCAGGAUGUCUGCAGCCGUGUGGAACGUGAAAGACGCGGAAGGACGUUUAGUUGGACAGGCUGCCAGACUUACGGUGUACGACUGACGCCUUCCUUGGGGCACAACCGCGCACUCUCUCCUUGUUGGCCCCGAGAGGGGACAGGACCACUCAGGAUGGAUCCUGGUCUCCCAUGUUCGAAAGUGAUCUUCUGCUCUAGACCUGGCCCUGUCAUCUGACGACGGUGAGGGAUCCGGCUCCGUCGUGCGAGGAGACAAUCUUGAUCAGUCGAAUUCGGACGCUUUCCAACCGCUCCUGUCGGCCCCACCGCGAUUGCCCACCGCCCGAGGGGCUGGGAGUCGUCGUCUCAAGGAGGGCGUCUCUCUUGAGCGGCUGUACAGUGAUCCUCCCUUUGCUCCCUUCACCUAUUGCUUGCCUACCUCGGCGACAUCUUGGAGGCGGGGGUCGGGGGGAUCAUGGAGAUGGCGGUGCCCGAGUCGGUGGUCGGUUUUUGCUCAUCGUGGUCAUUGACGAAAAUCUUGUUGGUGUUGGCCUCCCGGACUGAGCGCAGCGACGAAAGGAGGUGCACAGC